UGCCUCCCUCUCUCGAAGCCCAAACCCUACCGCCGUCACCUGUUCGCCCCCCUGUGUCGCCCCCUUGCUCCUCGAUCCUCACCGGGCCCGUCCUCCUCCUACCGCACCGGAUUUUCGUCUCCCGUGUCUUCCAUGUCUUCGUCCUCCUACGAGAAGGAACUCGCCGCCGCCAAGAAGGCGGCGUCCCUCGCCGCCCGCCUCUGCCAGACAGUACAAAAGGCACUCUUGAAAUCAGAUAUUCAAUCAAAAGCAGAUAAAAGUCCUGUUACAGUCGCAGAUUAUGGCUCACAAGCAAUUGUCAGUCUUGUUUUGAAGAUGGAACUUCCCUCUGAAAAGUUUUCUUUGGUGGCGGAAGAGGAUUCAGCAGAUCUACAAAAGGAUGAAUCUCAAGAAACACUGAAACGUAUUACAGAUCUUGUAAAUGAUACUUUCUCUUCUGAAGGUACAUACAGUAUAUCUGUGUCUGAGGAAGAUGUGCUUGCUGCAAUUGACAGUGGCAAAUCUGAUGGAGGCCCUCAUGGCCGACACUGGGUUUUGGAUCCUAUAGAUGGUACUAAAGGGUUCGUACGGGGAGACCAAUAUGCAAUUGCUUUAGCAUUGCUUGAUGAAGGAAGAGUCGUGUUAGGUGUUUUGGCAUGUCCAAAUCUUCCUUUUACAUCUAUUGCUAAUCUUGAUGGACACUCUUCGGAAAAUCAAAUUGGCUGCCUUUUCUCUGCUCAAACCGGUUGUGGUGCCUAUAUGCAGUUGCUACAUGAACCUUCGGCAGCAAAGAUAUCUGUCUGCACUACCGAAAAUCCUGCUGAUGCAUCAUUCUUCGAGUCGUAUGAAGCAGCUCAUUCCCUGCAUGACUUGUCGAGUGCAAUAGCAAAGAAACUCGGUGUCCAAGCACCACCAGUUAGAAUAGACAGUCAGGCCAAAUAUGGUGCUUUGGCGAGAGGAGAUGGUGCAAUAUACCUACGCUUCCCACAUAAAGGAUAUCGCGAGAAGAUAUGGGACCAUGCCGCUGGUUCUAUUGUUGUCACAGAAGCUGGUGGUAUCGCGACAGAUGCUGCUGGAAACAAUUUGGAUUUCUCAAAGGGGAGGUACCUCGAUCUUGAUACGGGCAUUAUUGUCACAAACAAGAAGCUGAUGCCAUCACUGUUGAGUGCAGUACAAGAGGCCAUAAGAGAACAAACCCAAUCUGCCUCCCAUAUGUAGUCCACUCUAAUGACUUUCCCAUCUUGCACAUCGAUGUUCCUAACCGGCCCUUUGAACCAUUUCCUGGCAUCAAGAACCCACCACAGCAUUACAAGAGUCAGAC